AUGUCCAUCGAUAAACAAACAAUUCUACACGAUCUAUAUUUGAAAGAUUCCAUUUAUUCAUCUGCUUAUUCGUCGCCACUCAUGUUUUCACGUGAUUCAUCGAUGGAAACCUUAUCCAGUUUCAAUGUUAACUUCCAUUCACACAAUUCAACAUAUACAUCUGAACACAGCACCAAUCCAUCAGGAAUUUUAUCGCCAAGUGAUAUUCCAGAUUCUCCACCACGUGGUUGUGAUGAUGAUAUUGACAAUGAUCAACAACGAACAUCCUUGCAGCCUUUAAAUAGCACUCGAUCAACUGGAAUCACAGUUAUCGAACGUUUAGAGAAAUGUACGUACGAUGAUAACGAUGUUGACAGUAUACGAAAUUAUGCGACGUCACCACUGAGAGUAUGCUACGAUGGUGAUGGAGACGAUGAUGAUGAUGAUAAUAAUUCGAUUCAUUCAUCACUGAGUUCAUUGACUUUGCCACCACCACCGUCUUCAUCAUCAUCAUCGAAUUUUCACGAUUUGAGAAAUUUGAAACAUAACUUAAGUGUUAUCAAUGAAGAAAGUUUACAUGAACAAAAAGAACGGCAGCGUUCAUCAAUUAACAUGAGCCAUACAACAACAACAACAACAACUGACGAUGACGAUGACGACGACGAUGAUGAAGAUGAAGAUCAAAAUGGUAAACGAUUACUAUUCGAACUUAUUCGACAACGUCUACCCCAUCAUCACAUGUCGUUGACAAGUACAUCAGAUUCUUCGUCGAAAGUUCAUGAUGAUGAUUAUCAAAAUGAUACGAAAGUUGCAUCAUCAUCAAUGAAUGACCAAACAAUGCGCGAAGAUUCUUCGAGUCACGGUUUAUCAUCGCAUGAUAUAACAAUUCCUUCAUCAGCGAUGCAAGAGAGUGGCUACGAUAGUUUAUUACCAAUGGGUUCAGCACCGAAACGCUCGCUUUCGAACGCCUCUUUGUCAACAACACGUUCGAUAACGAUAAAAAAGAAACAUCGAUGUGAUGAAGAGAAUGAUGAUCCAAUGAAUGGUAAUAGUAAUACGGAUAUGACUGAUGAUGAUGACGAACAUUAUGAUAAAAAAGCGGGAGAAGCACUCCUACGCAAUCUGAUUGCUCAAGUUUUACCAUCAUUUAAUCCUCGAUAUUUGAAUAAUGAUGAUGAAGAGGAAGAAGAUACUCGAAGUAAUCCUCGUCGACCUUCGCCAACGAGUCAAACUUAUAGCAGUAGUAAUGCAUCAUCAGUACGCUCAGUCGAGAUCGAAAUAAACAAAAAAAGUGAAAAAAAUCUCUGCAUUCGUUCAAAUAAAAAACCAAUCACAGAUAUUCUUCAACAAGAAAAAAUUCAUUCCAAACGUUCAUGUAUCCAUAAACCCGUACAUCAAACUAAGACAUCAGAAUUACGUCGCCUUCAAUCUCAUGCACGUCGAUAA